AUGUCAUCGUACCCCACUUCUGGGGUCAACGGCACCCACCCACCUGGAGAAUCGGGGGACUCCAUCACAUUGCCAGGAAGAAAUCCUGAUUCCUCCUUCGACCCGCUAUCCGCAGCUUUAUCCUCCUCUCAGGUUAGAUAUACCGUUGCAAACCCAAAGAGCUUGGAGGCACACAAUGAAGCGUGCAAGGAUUUUCCUGGUGGAAAUACGAGGACUGUGCUACACUCCAGCCCGUUUCCAAUCACAUUUGUGAAAGGCGAGGGCUGCGAGCUGACGAGUCUGGAUGGUGAAGUUUACAUCGAUUUUCUCGGGGAAUUCACUGCCGGAAUAUAUGGCCACUCCAACCCCGCGAUCGCUGCGGCCGUCUCUGAGGCGAUGAAGAACGGUUGGAACUAUGGAGGGCCGAAUAUGUAUGAAAGAGCUCUUGCAAAGAAGGUCACCAAGCGCUUUUGUCCUUCCGGCAUCGAGCUCGUCCGCUUCACCAACUCCGGCACUGAAGCCAACACAAUGGCCCUUGCCGCAGCAGUCGCUUAUACCGGACGAACGAAGGUUCUAGCAUUCAAGAACGGAUAUCACGGCGGCACACUUUCGUUCCCGCUCACCACCAACAAAAUCAACGCCAAUCUUCCGCAUGACUUCAUUCUCGCACCGUAUAACAACAUUUCCGGCACUCAAACUAUUCUGGACAGCCUACCAAAGGACUCCCUCGCCGCCAUAAUUGUGGAAUGCAUUCAAGGAAGCGGCGGCGCUAUUCCUGGCAACGAAAACUUCCUCCACUUCCUCAAUACCAGAGCCAAUAAGUUGGGUGCACUCUUUAUCGUCGACGAAGUAAUGACCUCUAGGCUCUCCUACCAUGGCCUCUCCUCCGAACUUGGCCUGACACCCGACCUCGUUACACUGGGGAAAUGGGUCGGCGGAGGCAUGACGUUCGGCGCAUUCGGUGGCCGAAAGAGAGUGAUGAGCAUGUUUGACCCUCGAGACGGUGUACUGGCACAUUCGGGGACAUUCAAUAACAAUGUUGUCACUAUGGCUGCUGGAUGUACGGGCAUCAAUCUGUACAACGAAGCCGAAGUCAAACGCCUCAACGCACUCGGCGAUUCUCUCCGGACUGGCCUCCAAGCAAUUCUGUUAAGGUCUUGCCAAAUUGACCAAGAACAGCCAGCAGUCUUCAAACCCUGUCCGCAAAAAAACGAACUCGAAUCUCCCUUUACUGGCACCCAAUGUUAUACUUCCACUCCAGACACUGCCCUUUCCGUCGAAUCCCUCUCGCUCUCCGAGCCUCGCAAUACGAAGUCGAAGAUUGCGCACCAUUCGAGAAAAGGAGGAAUGUGGGUCUCUGGUCGCGGAAGUAUAAUGAAUGUACAUUUUUCUGGCGAGAGUGAGAAAAGUCUGCAAUCAAUUUUUUGGCAUUAUAUGCUUGAACAGGGUAUUUACCUCGCUCAGAGAGGUUUCGUGGCUUUGAAUAUUGAGAUAAAUGAGAGUCAUGUGGAGAAGUUCUUGAAAGCGGCAGAGGGAUUUGUUGGGAUGUACCAGGGUGGCCUGGGACAUUGA